UCUGUGAUAUGCUUUAAGUCUGCAGACAUGGUUUGUGUGGUGACCUUAUAUACCACACCAAAAUCCGUCCAGAGGUGUUUUAUUCCAGUCUGCCGAAAGCUCUUGAUUGACAACAUCGUACGAUGGAGAAAACCUCGUCCCCUAUGACAGAGGAAAUUGGUUCCUCGGAAUCGACUGAUGCCCUGCCUCAUCCGUUCUCCGUGAAGAAAGCAGGACAUCAAUCUUCUGAGAAGAAAGGACAUGAUGUUGAGAUUGAAGCGGUCGAUCCAGAUUUCGACAACCUCUCGACUGAUAAGAUAUUUGUUCCUGAUGAUAACGACGAAUUCAUCGACCCUCGCCUUAAGGACUACCCAAUUCCUCUUGUGGCCAAGACCGUUGAUCUGCAUAAUGAUCCCACGGAGCCAAUCCUCACAUUUCGAUUCUGGGUCUUAUCUACCUUUUGGGUGAUCGUUGGAUGCGGUAUUUCGUCCUUCUAUUACUUUAAGCCAUAUUACAUGUACCUCACCAGCUAUGCAAUCCAAUUGAUGGCUUGGGGUAUGGGAUCCUUUAUGGCAAAUCAUUUGCCGAAACGCACUUUCUCAACCUUCGGCUACAAGUGGUCGUUCAAUCCCGGACCUUGGAACGCGAAGGAACACGCACUUAUCAUUGUUGCAUACUGGGGUUCUUGUUAUACGGCAUAUGGCCUCGGCCCGUUGUCCGCAAUGGAACUCUACUACGGCAAGGAAAUUAAUGCAGGAUGGGGUAUCUUGUUCUUGAUCACCACACAAAUGAUUGGAUAUGGCUUUGCAGGACUCUUCCGCGAUAUCCUCGUGCGACCCCCAAAGAUCUAUUAUCCGGGCAUUCUACCCAACGUUGCGUUGUUCAAUGCCAUGCACAAGAACCCAUCUGUGACGAAGAAGUCUCUCAAGUUCUUCUCUUAUGUUGCCGUGGCAGCUUUCAUCUGGGAAUGGUUCCCUCAACUCAUCUUCCCCAUGUUGAGCUCACUUCCAUUGCUUUGUUACUUUGGUCACGGUAACUGGAUCGCAUACAUCCUCGGUUCUGGAUACUCUGGAUUUGGACUACUUGACAUCAGCUUAGACUGGAAUUAUAUCUCCUUCUGGUCCCCACUCUAUACACCACUUUGGGCAAACGCCAAUCAAUUCUUAGGAGCAAUGGCUCUUUGCUGGUUUAUCUAUCCACUCAUGUACUUCACCAACACCCUGGGCGCCAAAACCUAUCCUCCAAUGUCGUCUGGUACCUUCGAUGACACUGGCGCAACGUAUAACAUCUCUAGAAUUCUCUACGCUGACCAUACAUUGAAUCAAGCUGCCAUGGAUGCGUAUUCUCGACCUCAAUGGUCCAUUUCGUACGCUAUGUACUUCUUUUGUGGUUUUGCUGCUUCGACUGGGGCCAUGCUGUACGCUUGUCUGUACUACGGCCCCCAAGCUUGGCAAGGUAUGAAGGAGGGGUGGUUCAACAAGCGAGACACGCACGACGAUCCCUAUCUUCUAAUGAUGGACAAGUUCAAGCGUGUCCCUCACUGGUGGUAUGGUGCUCUUCUUGCUAUAUGUGCUGCACUAUCAAUUGGUCAAUUGUAUGGAGCAGGCAUGCAGCUUCCAUGGUGGGGCUUUAUCAUCAUCUCUGUGACUUCUUGCAUCUUCACCUUCCCCAACGGCAUCCUCUGGGGAAUUGCCAACAUGCAAGUAGGAAUGGCCUUCCUAAGCGAAGUCCUUGCAGGCGCAAUGUUCCCAGGCAAACCGCUCGCCGUCCUCACCUGCAUGGUCUACGGUCGUCAAAUCCUCGAACAGAACCUCAACUUGAUCUCAGACUACAAGUUCGGUUUCUACAUGAAGAUACCCGAGACGGAAAUGUUCAUUGGUCAAGUAUACGGAACGCUUCUGGGACCGUUCAUCAAUUAUGGGAUGAUGCGCUGGAUCAUCGACAACGAGGGUCCAAAGUUGACGGGCGAAGUCGCUUCUUCUGCUUGGAAUGCCCUGAAGACUAAGAACUUUUACUCGCAGUCUGUGCUCUGGGGUGUUCUUGGUCCAAAAGUCUUCUUCGGUCCGGGCUCACAGUAUUCGUGGCUGUACUACGCUUUCCUUGUUGGUCCGGCUUGUGUUCUAGCUGUAUGGUUAGUGCAUAGGAAAAAGCCACAUUGGAAAUUGGAGGAGAGGUUCAAUCCUGUGUUGAUCUUUGCUGGAGGAGUCUGGUUCCCGGUUUAUCAGACCGCGAACCUUUUGACGAGUUCCGCGUUCAGUGCGUUCUUUAUGGGAUACGUCUAUCGCUACCACCCAGUUUGGUUCAGAAAAUACAACUACCUUCUUGGGGUUGGGCUUGAUUGCGGUACCCAGCUGAUGCAGACGGUUAUGGUGUUCGGUAUCAACUUGCCGAACGCUGCUUUCCCAGUUUGGUGGGGUAACAACCCUAAUGCAAUUGAUCGUUGCUUCCCACCUGCUACACUGCCCAGUGGAGCUCAGUAGGUACGCUGUUAUGAGUAUUCGUUUAGUGUGGUGUGAGGAGUCAUUGUGACUCGGAAGUUCGUCAAGAGACUUUUGUUUUGAGGAUGCGAUUCUACUGAACUAGGAAGU